CCUCGUCUCCUCCUUAACUUCCAACCAUGCAAGCCUCCGCUCUUUCCUUUCGUAACCCCAGCAGUCUCAUAUACGAAAUUGAAUCGAAAUUGCAGACACCCAUCAAGAAAUAUAAAUUUAAAACCCCAGAAAAAUCCAGCCCUUCUUUUACUUGUAAAAUUCUCGUUGAACCUUACUGGAGGAAGACGAUCAUGCCUGCAGUGCGUGAACCUCAGCCUGCUGCUCCACCAAAGCCCGAGAAAAACCCACUACAGAAACUGGCAGCUAAUCUGUUGGAUAAGGUGGAGAGCGCCAUAGUUGAUGAAUUGGAGAAGAAACAGCCAUUGCCGCGAGCAACCGACCCAGCCAUUCAGAUAGCUGGGAAUUUCGCACCAGUGAAGGAGUCCCCAGUUCACCAUGAGCUUAAGGUAGUGGGUCGAAUCCCUGCAGAGCUCCGUGGUGGGGUUUACCUGCGUAAUGGAGCAAACCCAAUGUUUGCUCCAACUGGGGGACACCACUUAUUUGAUGGAGACGGGAUGAUCCACGCCGUCUCUCUGGACUCUGCUGAUAACGCCAGCUACUGUUGCCGCUUCACCCGCACUAGCAGACUUGUGCAGGAAGCUGCUUUGGGCAGGUCUUACUUUCCGAAAGCAAUCGGAGAACUACAUGGCCACUCGGGCAUUGCUCGACUACUUCUCUUCUACGCUCGCUCGGUCGCUGGCAUAGUCGACGCGAGCAAAGGCAGUGGAGUGGCCAACGCUGGGCUCGUCUAUUUCAACGGCCGCCUCCUCGCCAUGUCCGAGGAUGACCUCCCUUACCAUGUCAAGAUCACAGCAAAUGGUGAUCUCGAAACAGUUGGACGAUAUGAUUUUUCCAGCCAGCUCAGAUCACAGAUGAUAGCUCAUCCCAAAGUGGACCCAGUGACAGGGGAGCUUUUCGCUCUGUGCUACGACGUGGUCAAGAAGCCUUAUCUCAAGUACUUCAAAUUUGACGCUCGCGGUAGAAAGUCACCUGACGUUGCCAUCUCUCUCCAACAGCCCACCAUGAUCCAUGACUUCGCCAUAACGGAGAAUUCCGUAAUCAUCCCUGAUCAUCAGGUCGUUUUCAAGCUCUCCGAGAUGGUUCGCGGCGGAUCCCCGGUAGUCUUCGACCAAAACAAGACUUCUCGAUUCGGAAUUUUACCGAGAUAUGACACAGAUGCGUCAAGGAUUCAAUGGGUUGAGGUACCCAACUGUUUCUGCUUCCAUUUGUGGAACGCUUGGGAAGAGAACUCCAGCAAUGGUGACAGACUGAUCAAGGUUAUAGGGUCCUGCAUGACUCCUCCAGACUCUGUUUUCAACGACCAUGAUGAUGCGCUGCUCAGCGUGCUGUCGGAAAUUCAGCUAAACCUGACAACCGGCGAGUCGAGUCGUCGGGAAAUUGUGCCGGGGUUGAAUUUAGAAGCUGGGCAAGUCAAUAAGCAACUGCUCGGCCGGAAGACUCGAUACGUCUAUCUAGCAAUAGCCGAGCCAUGGCCGAAAUGCUCAGGUUUUGCCAAGGUUGAUUUGGAGACUGGACAUGUAAGGAAGUUCAUGUAUGGUGACCAGAGGUUCGGCGGAGAGCCGUGCUUCGUGCCCGGUAGAAGAAGCCAUUUGGCCAGUAAUGAAGACGAUGGGUAUGUUAUGAUUUUCGUUCGGGACGAGAAGUCUGAAACCUCAGAGCUGGUGGUAGUGAAUGCUUCCAACAUGAAACAGGAAGCCUCUGUCAAAAUUCCUUCAAGGGUGCCGUAUGGUCUCCACGGUACUUUCGUUAGUUCAGAAGAUCUACAGACUCAAGCUUUUGGUUUCAAAUGACA